CGCAGUGUGUCCGGGGCUGGCGAGGUUUCUAUCAUGGUGGUGCGAGGAACAGAUCUUGUGCAGGAGGCUUGCACAAGGCACAGGACGGCCCCCACUGCCAGUGCAGCCUUGGGCAGGGCGCUACUGGGAACGCUCCUCAUGGGCUGCUUCAGAGCAGAGGGCGAGGCAACGCAGGUGACCUUCAAGGGGGAUGGCCUGCUGGGAGGAAUACAGGUGGUGGCGGACGCGCUGGGCAAUGUGAAGGGGAAAGUAGGGGACCCCUCUGCGGACCCCCCGCUGCGGCCGGACGGCAAACUCGACGUCGGCAGCGCCGUCGGCCGAGGCGUUCUCUCAGUGGUGCGCAGCAACAUCGCGCAGGAGAAGCCGUACACGGGCCUCACAGAGAUCAAGACUGGCGAGGUGGGCGAUGACCUGGCGGCAUACAUGGCGGACAGCGAGCAGGUCAACUGCGCGCUCGCGCUCGGAGUCUCCAUCAAUCGCGACUGCUCCGUGCGCGCAGCCGGCGGCUACUUGAUACAGGUGCUGCCGUUUGCGUCAGAGGAGACACUGGAACUGCUAGAGCGCAACAUCGCCGCCUCUCCGAGUGUGACAGAUCUGCUGCACGAAGGAGCUUCCCCCCGGGACAUCGCCGACCGGCUGUUAUCAGGCCUCGGCGUCUCUGAUGGUGGACCAGCCAUUCAGCCCAGGUACGGCCCGUGCGAGGCCGAGUCACUGAAGGAGCGUAUGAAGCGAGCAGUGGCUCUGUUGGGGCCAAAAGAGGUGCAGGAAAUUCUGGCCACCCAGGGCAAAAUCGAGGUGUCGUGCGAGUUCUGCCGUGAGACGUACCAAUUUGCACAGGACGAGGUCUUGGCCGCCGCGCCAGCGCAACAAUGA